AUGAAUAAUAUUAAAUAAAUAAUAUAAGCAAUUAAAGGAUGUAUACAAAUUUUAAUAUUAAAAGAAAACAUCUAAGACUUAAAGAAGUAUAACCCUUUGCCUGAAUAAGAGUAAGGCAUUUAGAAAAUUAAAUUAAUACAUAUUGCUGCAUCCAAUCCUAGUUUAGAAAUUUUACAAUAUUUUGUUGAAAAAUCCUAAAAUCUAGAAAUCACAGAUUCUGUAUAAAACUAAAUAUAUUUAUAUAGAUAGGAAGAACUCCAUUGCAUUAUGCUAUUACUUAUGGUCAAUUGGGCAAUGUUUAAUUAUUGAUUAAUAGAGGAGCAAAGAUAGAAGCAUAGACAUUAGGAGGUGAUACACCUUUGAUAAAAGCUGCAUUAAUAAAAAAUAAUUAAUGCUAUAAUUAUUUAAUUAGUAUAGGUGCAAAUAAAUCACAUUAAAAUUGCAUUGGUCAAAGUGCUGAAUAAAUAUAUUAAUAUAAUUGA